UCCAAAUCCGACAAAGGAAGGAGUCACGAAACUGACGCAUGAAGUCGGAUCACAUUUAAUGUGGCCACGACAUCUUGUUCUUACUAGGAAUGAUAAGAAGGAAACUGUGGGCUUCAAUACGGAUCCGUCCACAUUCUCUAGUGCAGCAUAUCUACGUGCUCCAGUGGCACUCCGGUGUUUGGUUAGACUCGUUGAACAUAUGGGGUCAUCGAUUCAACUAAACACGCCUUUAGAGCUAUUCGGUGUGAAGAGAAAAUGUUGCAUUAUGGUUGAGUCACUUAGGGAUUUCUCGUCAAUGCAGCCAAUAUGCACAUCAUGCCUAGAUGCUUACAUGAUGUACCUUCACACAAUUAUGGUACAAGGACGAAGUUCAAGCUUGUUCAAGUUCAUGGAUGCCGGAUCUGUAAGUUACUCGAGUUACAAACAAUCGCGUGCGCAGUUGUUGAAUGCUCGACUUCUCGGAGCCGAGUAUGACCAAGUAGUAUUGUUCCCAUACAACUCUGGCAAUCACUGGACAUUGGUCGUUGUUAAUCCUACAAAGGGUGCUGCAUAUUGGAUUGACCCGUUGAAGAAUCGGAUUGACGGAGACAUGAGUGAAGUGCUUCAAAUGUCAUUCAAUAUAUCAAAGAAGAAAAAACCGAGUUGGAAGGUUGUUAAGUGUCCCAAACAAAAUGGGGUGGUAGAAUGCGAAUACUAUGUUAUGCGAUUCAUGCGGGACAUAAUUUCUUCGAGGAGUACUUCAAUUGUAGAUGUCAUGAAAAGUUUACCUCGUACGUACUGUCAAGAUGAAAUCGAUGAAGUUAGAUCGGAAUUGGCGGAGUUCCUUUCUAAGCACGAUGUACGUGCUUAG